AAAGAAAGAGAGAGUAGCGUAGAGAUGAGUCGAGAAUUCCGAUAAAAAGUCUGUAUGAGUGUAUGACUCAAUGAGCUGUUCUCUCUCAUCCCGUUUCUGCCAUUCUCUCUCCUAAAUUUUCACGGGAAAGCUCGAUUUUUCCGUAACCAGUUCAAUCUGCACGAAUUACAAACCCCAUAAUCCUUCUCCCCCAUCUAUCUCUCUCUCAAGCCCCUUUUCUCUGUCUAGGAUUCUGAUUCAACCCGUCUUCUUCAAGCAAAUCUCCGUCGGGACUCGGGAUGCUUGUAUGUAGUCUUGAUGAUGGAACGAGGAUGGUUCUGCAUUUUCAUCCUUUAUUAUUUACCCUUUUGAUAAUAUAUGGAUGCUUAUGGCUGGAUCUCCUUAAGAUUAAUUUAGGACAUGGCAAAGGGAACCAGAGGAAGACGCAGGAUCACCUCACGACAGUGUAGGCCAACACCAUACCCUUUGCCAUCUGUGAAUCAAUCAGGGGACCCAAACCAAAAGAAAUGCUCCAAAAAGUUUAAGAACGACUGGGAAGAUGCAACAUGUUCAGUAUGCAUGGAAUAUCCUCACAACGCGGUUCUUCUCCUGUGCUCCUCUCACGACAAAGGCUGCCGCCCCUACAUGUGCGGAACUAGCUACCGUUAUUCAAAUUGCCUAGAUCAGUACAAGAAAGCUUACACAAAAGUUAAAUUACUAAAUCAAAGUCAAUCUCUUCAAAGUUCAAUCAAUAGCCCAGCCCCUGCCCCUGCCCCGUUUUCUGAUUGGCCUGCUGAGAAAGGUGAGAUUACAGAGCUUGCAUGCCCACUCUGUCGUGGGCAAGUGAAAGGAUGGACUGUGGUUGAACCUGCACGUGCAUACCUGAAUGCUAAGAAACGUAGCUGCAUGCAGGAUGAGUGUUCAUUUGUAGGAAACUUUAAGGAGAUGCGCAAGCAUGUUAAGACAGAGCACCCUUCUGCUAGGCCUCGCGAAAUGGAUCCCCUCCUUGAACAGAAAUGGAGGCGGCUCGAGGGGGAAAGAGAGAGGGACGAUGUGAUCAGCACAAUAAGGUCAUCAAUGCCAGGAGCAGUUGUUUUCGGUGACUAUGUGAUAGAAGGAAGUCCGUUUGGUUUUGGAUCAGAGGAUGAGGAUGGAUUUGAGGUUGAUGUGAUGGACCGUAACGAAGGCUUUGGAGUGGGAAUCGAUGGCAACUUGAUUAAUGUCUUACGUUUUUUGCAGGCAUUUGGUUCAGCAGGUAAUAUUGGCUCAAAUAGAGGCUCGAGGCGGCAUGGUGGUAGUGGUAGUAGGGACCCAACCCGUGCAUCAGGCGGAGGCACUGCUGGAUUAGAUCGCAACCUUCCAGGUUUCGACUACUCUGAUGUAGACAGCGAUGGUGUUGGCAACGUAGUACAUGAAAACAGCACAUCGCUAGUUGGGCGCCUUCGCCGCCAUGGUAGAGUCCUGUUGGGACGCUCUGGGAGGAGACGAAGGCGUAGUGAGGACCCCGGAGGUCGAGGAUAGAUGUUACUAUUAUUGUUGACAGUAUAAAUGAGAAGGAGAAGAAGAGGACAUUUUAGGGUCUUCUUAGUUUAGAUAUUCUGAAGCCAACAAAAAAAGGGAUAUUUUUAACUUACCAUUUCAUUCACAUCAUCUGCAUCCCAUCAUUUGAUGUUCAAUACAUGGAUUUGUAUGAUAUGAUGGCUUAGGAUCAUUGGAGGGUCCCAAAGAAAGGUGUUUCUUUGUGGUUUAUUUCUAUUUUUAUUUUUACACUUGUUGCUGGUUCUCCUUCUCUGAGAACAUUUCACCUGUCAAUUUCACAAAAUGGAUGUAAUUUCUCUGUACAAUGCUUUUACUCUCUGUUUCUUUAGCUCUGCUGUUAUAGUGUUAUUAUUACUCAUUACA